AACUCAAAACUCAAAUAGUAAUUCUCUAACUAGGAGCAGUCAACUCACGAGCGUGUCAAAAUGUGGUUGGAUAUUCCCAUUAUCUCACUUUGGAACUGCAACUACGUUUCAAAGAUUCAGAAACAAGGACAAACAAGCACUUAAUUCGGCUUAUUUACUUUCUGUUUCAACUCAUUUCGUUUUUCUUUUUCCUUAUUUUCCGUCAAAUCGCGAAACAGACCCUUUUCUCUCUCUUUCUCUCUCACACAGUAAACCCUCAAAAAAACAAAAAACUCAGUCGAAUAGCUCAAAAGAUUCUGUAACCAUGGAUGAGCAAGAAGGGGUAAGUUCAGUCACUAGUGUUUCAGAACUUACCGAAAAUUUGGGAUGUGAGGGACAAGCUGAUGAGCCUUAUAAUGAGGAAGAUGUUGAAGAGAUAAUGGUAGAGGUAGUAGGUUCUGAUGUGUUUGUUGAUGGGAUUUGUGGUGAUGGUGGUGAACUGGGGCAAGAGGGAUCGGGAAAAGCAGACACUUUGGAUGAUCAUAGCGAUUUUCAAUUAAGGGAUGCUAAGGAUGAUGGGAAUACUGGAAACGAGGUUGAAGGUGUCGUUGAUGUUGCAGGGUCAUCCAGGGAUGUUGCCGAGGCAGCUGGUGCACAGAGUUUUCCCGAGGUGCCAAGUGUAACAGUGAGUUCUGUUUUAGAGAAAGUCAGCUUCAGUGUUAGUGAGGCGGAUGUUGAGGUUAAUGUUGUCAGGAGCACUGAAUCUGCUGAUUUGACUUCAGUUGAUGUUGCAGGGUCAUCCAGGAAUAUUUCUGAGACAUCUGGCACUGAGAUUAUUCCCGAGGUGCCAAGUGUAACAGCCUGUUCCGUUGUAGAGAAAGUCAACUUCGGUGUUAGCGAGGAGGAUGUUGAUGGUAAUGUUGUCAGGAGCACUGAAUCUGCUGCGCUUGCUGAUUUGACUUCAGUUGAUGUUGCAGGGUCAUCCGGGGUUGUUUCUGAGACAGUGAAAAAUGAGGCUGUUCCCAUGUUGCCGAGUGAAACAGCUGAGAGAGUUAGAGAGGAGGAGGCUGAGGGGAAUGUUGUUAGGAGCACUGUAUCUGUUGAAAUGAGUGCUGCACCUGCUGAAUUGACACCGCAAAGAGUGGGUCUUUCUGAUGAUGGGGUGUGGAAUCCUGGAAUUGAGCGGCCGAUUGGAUCUACUCCAUUUGUGCCACAAGACAGUUCGAAUCUCGUAAUGGAAGAGGCUAGCAAUCUGAGAUUGGAUUCUUCUGAAAAAGAUGAAAGUUCAGUCAGAGAGAUAGCUGGCCAGGCUAGUGAGGAAGAUACUUCUAGUCAUGCAAGGGGUCAGAUAUCAGAUCAUCCAGCUGAAGGAGCUGUGUCACUGGAUUGUGGCGUUGUAGAAAAAAUACAUUCAGAAGUUGAAACCAUGGAAGCCAAUGCCCAUGAUCAGGAGAGAGAUGCCGUGGGGAACAAGGAUGAAAAUUCACAUCAGGAUAGUGGAAUAGUACAAAAAGCACACUCAGAAGUUGAAACCAUGGAAACUGAUGCCCAUGAUCAGGAGAGAGAUGCUGGUGGGGACAAGGAUGAAAAUUUACAUCAGGAUAGUGGAGCAGUACAAAAAGCACAGUCAGAAGUUGAAACCUUGGAAACUGAUGUCCGUGAUCAGGAGAGAGAUGAAUUGGGAAACAAGGAUGAGGAUUCACAUCAGGACAGUGGGGUGGUACAGAAAGCACAUUCAGAAGUUGAAACCAUGGAAACCAAUGUCUAUGAUCAGCAGAGUGAUGACUUGUGCAACAAGGAUGAGAAUUCACAUCGAGAGACAGUUGUCUUGGGCAACGAGGAUGAGAAUUCACAUCCUGACAUUGAACCCAUGGAAACUGAUGUUUAUGUGAAUAACAAUUCAAAUACAGUGGUUGAACCCCUGGAGACAAUUAACCAUGAUGAUCAAAUAAUUAACACGUGCCAUCAGGUUCCCGCAGUUCAUGAUAAUCUGGGUGUAGAUGUAUCAGUGUCUCAAGGUUCUGCUAGCAAUUGUGCUGAUGACAUGAUUUCAUUGAAACCAAACAGUCAAAUCCCUGAAGAUAAGGGAGGAGAUAUUAAGGUAGUUAGUGUUGAGCAUACCCCAGUUGCACAUGAUCAAUCCUUAGGCAUCAAUGGUGAUGAUGUGCCAUUGCACCCUGGGAAGCAAGAACAUGGAUUGGAGGAAAAUUUGGCAGCAGAGAAUGGGCUUAUUGGUUCUUCUUGUGAAAAAGCAAACCAUGCCGAGGUUCAGGAAUUUGAGGUUGAUAACAUGCAUGAAGAUAAAAAAGUUCUUGCUUUAUGUACUCAGGCAGAAACUUCUCAUAUGGAAACCCAAACUGGCAAUCAUAAAGAGGCAACUUUGGAGGGUAGUGAGAUCUCAAGUUGUAAAGUUCCAAUACCCAGUGAUAAUGGGAGCUUAGGUGGUUCAGACGAGUUGCCAGAUGUGCAGCCUAAGGUAGUGGAUGGAGUUAGCGAAGUUACUCAUGAUGACUUCCCACUUCCUUUACAGGCUAGUGCUCAUGAUACAGGACACCUUGAGGAGAUGGAAGUCGAGGGGGUUCGUCACGAGACAACUGGCACAUUGACUUUUACCGCGAAUGAGGAAAGUCUGAAUAUAGUGGAGGUUGAUGCCAGGUUGGAAAAUGAUACGAGAACAGAACUCCUGGAAACCUCUUGUGAACCAGCUUGCAGAAAUGAUGGAGCUAGUGUUGUAAUGGACAAGGACGGGAAUGCCCUGCUUGGAAGUACCACAAGCUUAAGUUGCACCGUGUCUAUUGAGACUAUUGUUAGCACAAGAGAGAUGAACACUGCGGAUGAAACAAACAAAGUAACACACUUGCUGCCAGAAGGUUUGGAUAGCGACAUGUCACUGCAGCAUGUUGAGAACGAGAGCUUAUUGCUUUUUGAUAACUAUGCUGGAAACGAAGGCGAUCCCCAGGUGAGUGCAGUGUCAUGUAAUGAUGAUGUCAUGACUGAAGUUCCAGAAGGAACCUCAUUAGCAUGUCAGGACACUUCCAAAACCUCAGAGUCUGAUACUGUUGAUGGUAAGUCGCCUCUUUUAUUAAAAGACGACUACUUAAAGGUCGAGGCUGAACACAAUGUGGAGGCUAAAGACACUGCUCUUGGAGAAGAUCCUGCUCAAGGUCAUGAUCUGGCUCAUGAUACAAAAAAAAGUGCUGUUACAGGAAUGCAUUCAAAUAUUACUGAAGAAUCUGAACCCUCUGUGAAUCAAGGUGGUGUAUUGGAGCAUGUCGAGAUGGAUCAUGAUGCCGGUAAUGCAACAACUGCUGGUGCACUAUUAAAUGAAGAAAAAAACUCUAAUGCAGAGGGUGCUAUAAAAUCUGAGGCUGCAAUAAAUUCUGAUGCUGAUGUCCCUCCUCCAGUUGGAGAUCAAAUUGUAGAGGACCAGGACCCUUUUGAGGCAAAUAAGGGUAUUGAUUUCGAUGUGCAUACUCCAGAAAUGAUGGUUACAGAUGAGCAUGAGAAAGGCGAAGUUGAGAAGCUGCAUCCUGAUACUGUGCAGGAAUCUUCAAAGCAAGACAAAGAAACUGAAGAAGUUGCGUCCGAGACUAGCGACACUGUGCUACCGAAUGAGAAGCCUGUGAGCUUGGUGAAGUUGCAUCCUGGUUAUCUUGUUCCACCAGAAAAUGAGGGCUUGUACUCUAUAUCUGAUUUAGUCUGGGGAAAAGUUAGAAGCCAUCCAUGGUGGCCUGGACAGAUAUUUGAUCCUUCCGAUGCUUCAGAAAAGGCCAUCAAGUACUACAAGAGAGAUUGCUUUUUGGUAGCUUAUUUUGGAGAUCGUACUUUUGCUUGGAAUGAAGCAUCUGUGUUGAGGCCAUUUUAUUCUCAUUUCUCCCAGAUUGAGAAGCAAAAUAAUUCAGAAACAUUUCAAAAUGCUAUAAGCUCUGCUUUAGAAGAGGUUUCAAGACGCGUUGAACUUGGCCUUGCUUGCUCAUGCACACCUGAAGACUCCUAUGAUGAGAUUUCAUGUCAGAUUGUGGAGAAUGCUGGGAUUCGUGAAAGUAAAAGAUAUGGAUUGGACAAAUCAACCGGAGUCACUUCGUUUGGACCUGAUAAGCUCAUGCACUAUUUGAAAGCGUUAGCCCUGUCACCAACUUGUCGGGCUGAUAGGUUGGAUCUCACUAUUGCUCGAGCUCAGCUAGUGGCCUUUUGUAACUUCAAAGGAUAUCGUCCACCGGCAGAAUUCUUGUUAAGUGGAGAAUUACUAGAAAAUGACGCCGACGUUCCCAGUGCAAUUGACGAUAAUGGUCUUGCUUCGGAAGACAGUGAGCAACAUCACAUCAGUAAAGCCUCUGUUCACAAACGUAAGCACAGUUCAAAAGAUAGCUCACAGCAUAAAAUGAAAGAGCGGAGCUUGUCAGAGCUGAUGGACGAUGAGGAGUGUGAGUAUUCUCCCUAUGCUGAAGAUGAUUCAGAUGGAAAAACACUCAUGUCCAGCAAAAAGAGGAAGGCUGUUGAUUCUCGUACUGAUGGAUCGAACAAGAAAACAAGUGUUUAUGCUGCUAAAGUGUCAACCACUGCGCCUAAGCCGUCCUUCCGUAUUGGUGAAUGCAUUCAAAGAGUGGCAAGCCAAUUAACUCGUCCAGCCUCACUUGUGAAGUGCAACAGUGAUCAAAGUGGGGCCGAUGUUCAAUUACAGGACUCUCCAAAGGGAAAAGUUGUGAUUCCAACUGAAUUACCUUCUCCAAAUGAGUUGCUCUCACAACUUCAGUUGGUGGCAUGGGCUCCGUUGAAAGGCUACCGCUUCUUAAAAACCAUCACUACUUUCUUUUCAGGUUUUAGAAAUUCAGUUGCUGCGCUCCAGAAGAAGCAGAAUUCGUCGGCGGGAAGACCUGGUGGUGGUCGAAAGAAAAGAGCUUCACAAACUGUAGCUGGUUUUGCUGAAGAAUUUGAGUUCGAUGAUGUAAAUGAUUCUUAUUGGACAGACAGGAUUGUACAAAACUAUGGGGAGGAGCAGCCAUUGCAGAAUAGUCAAAGUGGGGGAGGAGGGGAACAUCAGCUUACGGUCAAUGAUCCAGAGAAAUCCAAUAAACCGGGUCGUAGAUCAUACACUAGAAAAAGAAAACCCAGUACCGAUAUUGACAUGACACCAGGUGUUCCUCCUGAGGACAUUGAGAAGAGGAAGCAUGAGCCAGCAGAACUCAUUUUAAUUUUUGCUGAGGGUGGUCCUCUUCCAUCUGAAAUGAACCUUAAUAAAAUGUUUAGGCGGUUUGGACCAUUGAAGGAAUUAGAAACUGAAGUUAAUCAAGAGUCUUCUCGGGCUAGGGUGGUCUUUAAAAGGGGUUCUGAUGCAGAGGUUGCUCAUAGUAGUGUAGGAACGUUCAACGUCUUUGGAUCACGGCAAGUGACUUAUGAGCUCAGCUACACACCAGUUAUCUCAUUUAAGCCCAUGCUCCUUACAAUUACACCAGACAUGGAGGGAGCUAUUUGAUGCUACAGCUCCAAAAUGAUCGUAGUUUCAGGUUGAAGGAGACAUGAUUAUUCAGCGGCGGCGACAGUAACAUCUUUCAUUAGAGUGGGUUGCUGGAGGGAGGGUGACACAUCUGUUUGUAAAAAGAAACUUCAUUUCUGUCUGUACUUCUCGUUCAAUUUCUGGAGAAGAGUUUUCCCUCCUGCUCUAUUAGAAAUGAUGUAUGCAUGAUGCAUCGAUAUCGAGCUUCUGAUCAUCUUUCCAGUUCCCUCUUGAUCUUUCUGGAUGAAUGAAAUUGAAAUUUUGGCGA